UGAAGAUAUGGGAUGGGAUGAAGUAAAAGGCGUCUACCACUAUCCCUGUCCCUGCGGCGACCGCUUCGAGAUCUCUCGCAAGCAGCUUGUCAACUACGAAGAUAUCGCAACGUGUCCGAGCUGCAGUUUAAUCAUCAGAGUUGUCUACGAUCCACUUGAUUUUGAAGACGAACCUCCAGAUGACUCCGAGGAGUCUGCGUCGGAGAAAAGUGAAGAGAAUGAGGAGGUCGAUGAUGAUAGCGAUGCCGACACGUUCGAGGAUGCUCUUGAGAAACUUACUCUAUCUGAGCGGUCAGCAGCGACGGUUGCAACAGCAGCAUCAGAUAUCAAAUUCCUCGAGUCCGUAUCGAUCAUCACUGCAGACCGUGCUGCUGCAAAACGUUCUAUAGCACAUUAAACUUACAAUAUUUAUGCAUGUGGGUUGUAUCUAUUCGUCCAAUUUAUUGCUCAUCUUCGACGGGCCUAUACUCUGUUGGACGUGGGCCCAGGAACAGCUUCUGGCUCAUCGAAAGAGCCUCGUCUUUCUCCUCGAGCUGUUGCUCUCGAUGUUGCCAUGACUAUCACGCGGAAGAAAGUGAUAAAAGGCAAGGGAAAAGAGAUAGGAUGAGCUGACUUGACUCUUGAUCAUAAUGGUCGUACUUACUAUGUC